AUCAUCUCUUCACCAAGAAAACAAAAAGCAUAGCCUAACAGAACAGAAUCUAGUUAGCCAAAUCAAGAUGGUGACGCCAACUACAAUUAGAACGGUGGAUCUCCGCUCCGACACGGUGACUAAACCAACGGAGUCAAUGCGUUCAGCGAUGGCAAACGCGGAAGUGGACGACGACGUUUUGGGAAACGAUCCAACGGCUCUGCGUUUGGAGAAAGAGGUGGCUGAGAUCGCCGGAAAAGAGGCGGCUAUGUUUAUUCCGUCGGGAACAAUGGGGAAUCUGAUAAGCGUCCUCGGUGGUGUGCAUCCGAGGACGGUGAAGAACGAGGAAGAUGGUACGAUGGAGAUUGGUGCUAUUGAAGCUGCCGUGAGGAGUCCCAAAGGAGAUCUUCAUCAUCCGGUUACUAAGCUUAUAUGUCUUGAGAACACUCAAGCAAAUUGUGGAGGUAGAUGCCUGCCUGUAGAGUAUAUAGAAAAAGUCGGAGAAUUAGCCAAGAAACAUGGUUUGAAGCUUCACAUUGACGGAGCUCGGAUCUUCAACGCUUCUGUGGCACUUGGAGUCCCGGUGAAGACGAUUGUUCAAGCAGCUGAUUCUGUCUCGAUUUGUUUGUCGAAAGGUAUAGGUGCACCGGUCGGUUCGGUAAUCGUGGGAAGCAAAAAGUUCAUCACUAAAGCAAGGUGGUUAAGGAAAACUUUAGGCGGAGGAAUGAGACAGAUAGGUGUGCUCUGCGCGGCCGCAUUGGUGGCUCUCCAUGAAAAUGUCGCAAAGCUUGAAGAUGACCACAAGAAAGCUAGGAUCUUGGCAGAAGGACUGAACCGGAUUGAACGGUUAAGAGUUAACGUGGCAGCUGUGGAAACCAACAUCAUAUACGUAGACAUACCAGAAGAUCCAAAAUUUGGAGCAGAAGAGGCAUGUAAGAGUUUGGAAGAUGUCGGUGUGCUUGUCAUACCCCAAGCUACAUUCAGAAUCAGGAUUGUUCUACAUCACCAAAUCUCAGACGUCGACGUGGAAUAUGUACUCUCUUGCUUUGAGAAAACGUUUUAGCUCAGUGAGGCUAGAAGAGAAGGUUUAUUUUAAGAAAUUUCACUUGUUGGACUGUGUGUAAGGUUGUACUCAAAUUUCAAAAAAUAAAAGGUGUACUUGAAUCUAGUUGCUUGUUUUACAAUUGGAAACCUUUGAAUCAAGAAUUAUAAAAAUCUUUAACUGAA